AUGAAGAACCUGAGAGAGCAAGUGCGUGGCCUAGAGCUUAACAAGGCCAAGGACUUCGACCCCGAAGACGAUGUCGUGCCCUCCGCCAGCGAAGCCGAGUCUGAAAACGAGGGAAAUUUAGGACAAAACGUGGGCCGCGAGCACUAUGAGGCCGUGGGAAAAAGCAGGCUACGCAAGCCCGAGCAGCCUACUCUUGAUGCGAAAUAUGGCGGUGUGGCAGUCAGCCGCAGUGCUUUAGACGAGCAUGACGACGAUGACGAUGAAGACGACCCAUUCGCACCGGUGGAGGAUUCCGAAGAAGACGAUCCUUUCGCUGCGCGGAACGGAAAUGUAAGCGGCUCUGAAGAGGGUGAGGGUUCAGAUGUCAAUGACGAUCUUGGGGCGAUAUUCGAUGGAGAUGAAAGUGAAGAGAUUGACAGCGACGAGGCACUUGGCGAAAGCGAUACGGAGAGAUUCAAAGACUUCAAGUUUCGCGGGAGCAAGAAGAACCGUCUAGAGCCGACGUCAGGCGAAAAUUCUCAGGAAGAGGAAGAGGAGGAAGACACGACAGACGACUCAGACGUGGAUAUGGGCGAUGAAUCCGACGAUGCAGAGGACGAUGGCUCUUCCGUCUCUUCCGCCACGCGCUCCUCGCCGCCUGUCCGAGGCCACAAAGCGUCUCACAAUCCCGACCGCGAAGAACUGAAGCGACUCGCCUUCUCAUCCGCCUCCACCGCGGGCCUGGCGUCGGCACUGUCCGCGGGGGCCAUGGCGGAUGUGCAGAAAGGCCGGGCGGUCAAGCAGCAGCGGCAGACGUUCGACCGGCUCCUGGACGCGCGGAUCAAGCUGCAAAAGGGCGUGACUGCAGCCAACGACCUCGAAUCCGCGGUAUUGACGGACGAAGAAGUCCAGCACGCAGCCAAACAUGCCGAAGACGCCGCGCUUGCACUGUGGUCGACCAUCGCCUCGAUCCGAUGCACACUCCUCUCCGGCGCCGGUGCCGACAAGGUGGACGCGACAGCAGCGGGCUCCAAGGCCAACGACCUCAAACGCAAACAUCCCCACCCGCUACAAGCGACGCGGUCGACGCCUCUCGCGGAAAUCUGGGAGCACGCCCAACUCCUCGAAGCAGCCGCCCUCCCGACCCGCCGCCAGACCCUGGACAAAUGGCACGCGAAGACCCAGCCCGUGCUCGACACGGCGCCACGCUCGAAACUGCUGCCGACCAAGUCGUCCGCGACCUCGCGCCUGACUGACGUGCUGGACACGUAUCUGGCGACCGAGUCAGGGAAGCUGAUUGGGCAGAGUUGGACGGCGACGUCGAACGGCAACUCCAAUUCCAAUACCAAUUCCAAAUCUAAUGCUACUAGUACUAGUACCACUACUACCGGUGGUACUGUCAGUGGACGGAACAGUCAUCACGACAGUAGUACCGCGCCAGCAAACGCAACAUGGGCCUACGACGACGGCAUAUUCUACCAAUCCCUCCUGCGCGAACUCAUCGCGUCGCGCAGUGCCAACUUGACCGCCGGCGCCGGCACAGGCACUGACGGGCCCGUUCUGCUGCCGCCGAAACUGCACCCGUCAGGCAGCCGACACAAGAAAGUCGACACGAAGGCGUCCAAGGGCCGCAAGGUGCGCUACACGGUGCACGAGAAGCUGGAGAACUUUAUGGCCCCUGAGGACCGUGCCACCUGGGAGCCGGCCGCGCGUUCCGAGUUCUUCGCCAGUCUGUUUGGGAACGCAGCGGCGCGUGUCUUGGACGAGGAUGGGGGUGACGAGCAAGACGCCGGAGAGGACAACGGGGUCGGCACAGGUGAAGCUGAGGCCUUGAAGUUGUUCAGGAACUAG